AUGGCAUUCUUUCGAUUAUGCUUGCUGUUGCAAGUGGGAUUUGUAAUCGGUUCAAAUUAUAAAUUCGCUGAGUGGUCAGAGCACGAGAAAAAUGUAAGAACACAACCACCAAUUUACACCACUCAAAACAAACAGCGACAAGCACAUCUCCGUGCGUCUAAUUCUCCGCGAGGCGCGAAAGAGCGCGCAGUCUUGCCGCAGAACCUCGAGGAGCACCUUCCCAGGGUUGUCACCGCUUUUCUACACACGGGGAAUUCGACCACCUUGAAACAUGCCAACUGCUCGCGGAGAUACGAGCUCAGUGCUCCGCGUGCGAGAUCGCCUAUGCCCCCGCAUUACUCAAUGCACAGCGUGCUGGACACGGUAAUGCACGCUACCAACUUCCUAAACAUGAUCCUCCAAGCCAACAGGUCCAGGGAAUUGAGUCUCCGCCGAGACAUUGAGUGGUAUCACGCGCUCGUCAGGAGUAUUGUAGAGGGGGACUCUAAUAUCCACCGGGCCGUGGUUACGUUUAACACAGAACCGUCUGCUGGCGGGCCCACGGUGUUUCUCCAGGCUACCAGAGCCGGAGGAGAGAUAGUUCUCCAGGACCUCUCUGGCACGGCGCACCAUCAUCUGAAAAACCGAACAGUCGAAUCAGAUUGGUAUCACGGUGUCAAAGAUAAGAAGAAACCUAACUUCCAUAAACGGGUACUGAGCCAAGAUUUUCAAUCAGUUGACGCUUCUCUGAAAAGGGGAGAGAGUUUUAUCCCUGAUAAAACCCACAUGAAAUGGUCAGCACCAUACCUGGAGUGUGAAAAUGGAAAUUUCAUACCACGGUGGCUUUUGACCUUAUCCGCUGGUUUCUAUGGACUCGACGCGGAUCUUUCACCUGAUUUCAGGGGUGUCGUCAGAGUGGACGUGAACCUGCAGGAUGUUGAUAUCGACCAGUGCUCUCCUGACGGCUGGUUUGGUGGGACUCAUCGAUGUAACCUGACGACCAUGGAGUGCUUUCCAGUGCGUGGUCAUGGAUUUGUGCUGGACAACUACAACUGUCACUGCAAAGCAGGUUUCUACCACCCAAACAGAGUGGCUGUCAACGGCUUCAAAAACCCGGGGACGAAGGACAGAGCCUCCGACAGCGGCCCCAACGCGGACGAGGGCUCGUCCAGCGACUGCCUGCCCUGCAGGGAGGGCUGUGCCUACUGCAAGGACGACACGCCGUGCGUGGCGCCUGGAGACGCCGGCCUGCGCGUGGCCGUGCUCUCCUUCCAGGCCCUGGGCAUGCUGCUGAGCUUCAUCAGCAUGGUGCUCGUGUACCGCUACCGCAGGAACAAGAGCAUUCGAGCGUCCGGACUGGUCUUGCUGGAAGCCAUUUUGUGUGGAACCUUGCUUCUCUACUUCCCGGUGGUGAUUCUCUACUUCCAGCCCAGCAUAUUCCGCUGCAUCUUGCUGAGAUGGGUCCGCCUGCUCGGCUUCGCCACCGUCUACGGGACUCUGACCCUCAAGCUGUACAGGGUGCUGAAGGUGUUCCUGUCGCGGACGGCCCAGAGAAUCCCCUACAUGACCAGCUGGCGGGUGCUGCGUCUCCUGGGCAUCAUCCUGCUCAUCGUCUGUUGGUUCCUGGUGGCCUGGACCUCGGCCGUCUGCCAGAACCUGGACAGGAACCUGGCUCUGAUCGCCGUGGGCUACACCCCCGACGGGCUGCAGUUCAGCAUGUGUCUGCUGGACCGCUGGGAUUACAUGAUGGCUGUCGCUGAGUUCCUGUUCCUGCUGUGGGCGGUGUACCUGUGCUUCGCCGUGAGGACGGUGCCUUCGGCGUUCCACGAGCCCCGCUACAUGGCCAUAGCCGUCCACAACGAGCUGGUCCUGUCCGCCAUAUUUCACAUCAUCAGGUUCACUCUGGCUCCUGAGCUCCACCCAGACUGGAUGCUGUUGCUGGUCUUUGCUCACACACACCUCACUGUGACCAUCACUUUCGGACUUCUGCUGGUCCCCAAGUUCCUGUUUGCCGGCACCCAGAUGAGGGACGACAUAGCGGUGGAGGCGUACGAGGAUGAGCUGGACAUGGGUCGCUCGGGGUCUUACCUCAACAGCAGCAUCACCUCCGCCUGGAGUGAACACAGCCUGGACCCAGAGGACAUCCGGACGCCAGACGAAAUGGGCCCGCUCAGUUCUAUUAAUGGCUGUGGCGUAAGGUCUUGCGACAGUCUUUGGGAAAAACGUACCAAUGAGGAGCUGAAAAAGCUGUACUCACAGCUGGAGAUAUACAAGAGGAAGAAGAUGCUGGCCAACAACCCUCACCUUCAGAAAAAACGGAGCUCCAAGAAAGGUCUGGGUCGAUCAUUGAUGAGGCGCAUCACGGAGAUCCCCGAGUCCGUCCACAGGCAGUAUAGCCGCGAUGACAAAGAGAUGGGGGACCACGGAAGCAACCGGAACAGCAUCUGCGUCCUUAGAAAAAACCCCUUUGACCCUUCCCACCCUGGGAAGCCAGCCAAAGAGGAGUCACUGAAGAGCAAGGUGUUCUCCCUGAAGAAGUCCCACAGCAGCUAUGAUCACGUCCGUGACCAGAGCGAAGACUCGAGUAGCUCCACCACAGACAAGAUGGAGGUCGCCACGGCUGAGGGCUCCCUCCUGGACACCUUAAUGGGCAAGAAGCUGGUGAAGAAGAAGUCCGAUGAGAAGCUAGACGCCACGAGUGAAUCCACCGAAUCGGUUCCUCUGGUCUGCAAGUCAGCCAGCGCUCAUAACUUGACCGCAGACAAGAAGCCAAUUCAUCCUCGGACCUCCAUGUUGCAGAAGUCUCUCAGUGUCAUCGCCAGUGCUAAAGAAAAGACCCUGGGACUGACAACGAAGACUCUGGAGGACAGUACUAAGAAGGCUCCGCCGAAAAGCAAAGACAACAAGUCUGGCACGGACUCAGAGGACGAAGGCUACCCCAAGAUGAUUGUCAGCCAGUCGGUGGAGUACAAACAGACCGCUGCCAAAGCCGGGAUCAUGAAGCACCAGGGAAGCGGCAGCCAGCCGUCCAUAUGCUCCGAAGCCACCAAGGGCAAGGAACUGUACAAUCUGUCUGAGGUGUGUCCUUGGGAAGUGGAGGACCUCCCAACACCAUCUGAAAACAAGUCCCAGAAGCACGUGUCCAUAGCGCCUGAAGGAACCACGACUGUCCAUGGAAGUGGCACCAAAGGCACGAAAUCCCAGCAGUCGAAGCAAAAGGGCUCGGAUCAGUCCCCUUCGACUGCCCGGCAUUCUAAAGACCUCCAGAAGACAGCAGACCGAGCAGAUAUAUGUCCGUGGGAAGAUGGAGCGGAGAGCCAGGGGUCCAAACAUCCACCCACCAGCCAGGCCAUCCAACCAUCUCAGGCCCCCCAGUCCAACCAGGCCACGCCUGCAGCAGAAGGCUCCAAAAACCAACAAGCCGAUGUCUGUCCAUGGGACUUUGAGGAAGUGGCCUCCAAAAAAGUUGAGGUUGCUCACUCACCAGAUAAGACCAAACAGAAGAAAGGCACUGCUCCGGUCGACGGUAAAGGGAAGAAUGUGCUACCAGAGCCCUCUAAGUCAAUGGGCAGCUCCCUCCAACCAUCAACCACAAAGGCUGACAUCUGUCCCUGGGACUACGAUGCUCCAACUGCAGCCCCGAGUUCGGAGAAAAUCCCGAGUCCCACUCAGGUCUCCAAAAAGAAGGACCCCCCCUCGCUAAAGAAGAGCACACCUUCCACAAGAACAGCAGAGAAGGAGAAAGAGAAGAUGAAAGAUAUUGACAAUGAGAAAAGUCGAGCAAAAGCCAAGGACAAGAGCAAAUCCUCCGAGAAACAAACAACCAAGAUGGCGGAAGUCUGCCCUUGGGAUGUGGAGAGCUGUCAGGAAGUGCCAACAGCGGAAACACGGAAAGGUGCCAAUGUUGAAGCAGCCAAAGGAAAAGAGGCUGAAGUCUGUCCGUGGGAUUAUGAGGAUAGUUCAGAUAGAAAAGAUGCAGAAAAGAGCGGCACUCCAUCCAAACAGAAACAGAGCACUCCCAAUCCAAAAGGGGGUGGGGUCAGCGGGGUGAAAAGGGCAGACGUUUGUCCCUGGGAUGUGGAUGACAGUUCGGUAGAAAAAGCAUGACCCUCGACUCAAACGGACAACUGAAAUGAUAGUUCUUGUUGUAUACAUUUUUCCACU